CAGCCCAAGUAAGCGCGAGGGCAGCGAGCAGUUUCCCCCUCCCCAAAUCCCUAUUCCUUCCGCUCUCGGCGGCGGCGAGCAAUCCCACCGCCGGUUGCCGUCUCCACCUUCCGCGGCGGCCGCGCGUCGGCUGCGAGUUUCUCUGGAAUCUCUGGAAUCCCUCGUCUGACCGAGGAAGAGCGGCGGGGGUGACGAGAUGUCGGGGUUCGGGGACGGGUACGUCGGCACGGCUCAGGACGCCGUGAAGAUCCGGCGGCUGGAGAAGCAGCGGGAGGCGGAGCGCCGCAAGAUCGAGGAGCUCAAGAACAAGUCCUCCGAUGGCCAGCCCGGCCUGCUCCAGUUCGGCUCCAGCACCUCCGAGAUUCUUGAGACUGCGUUUAAGAAGGAAACAGUCGGUUUAGUUACAAGGGAGCAGUAUGUCGAGAAGAGGGUUAAUAUACGGACCAAAAUUGAGGAAGAAGAGAAGGAGAAGCUUCAAAAGUUGCAACAAGAGGAAGAAGAAUUGCAAAUGCAAAAGCGGAAAAAGAGGAGAGUGAGGGGAGAUCCACGGUUAUCUUUCUGUGAUGAGAUUGAGAAUGGAAGUGAUGAGGAUGAAUUUGAGAAUCAAGAACCUCAAAAGAAACAUGGUCCUGUCAAACUUGGGAAGGACCCUACUGUUGAGACAAGUUUUCUUCCUGACAGGGAGAGAGAAGCAGAGGAACAAGCAGAGCGAGAGCGUUUGAAGAAACAAUGGUCGCGUGAGCAGGAACUGAUUAAAAAUGAACCUCUGACAAUUACUUACAGUUACUGGGAUGGCACUGGGCAUAGGAGAGUUAUCCAGGUCCGUAAAGGUGACUCCAUUGGAGAAUUCCUAAGGGCUGUUCAGCAGCAGCUUGCCCCUGAGUUCCGUGAAGUGCGGACAACAUCAGUUGAGAAUCUUCUUUAUGUGAAGGAAGAUCUUAUUAUCCCUCAUCAACAUAGCUUCUAUGAGUUGAUUAUCAACAAAGCAAGGGGCAAGAGUGGACCGCUUUUCCACUUUGAUGUUCAUGAGGAUGUGCGGACCAUUGCUGAUGCAACAAAAGAAAAGGACGAGUCUCAUGCGGGAAAAGUCGUAGAGAGACACUGGUAUGAGAAAAACAAACAUAUAUUUCCUGCAUCAAGAUGGGAGAUCUAUGAUCCUACCAAGAAGUGGGAGCGUUACACGAUCCAUGGAGAUUAAAAAUCAUAAUAAUAUACAGCAGAAAUUGAGAGCCUUGAACCUGCGCAUGUUUCUACUUUGGAUUUCUGCAACAGUUAUUACAGUAAUUGUACGGUUGUGCCAAAGAUCAUUAGUGUUUGGAAAGAAUUCACACUCUAACUGUAUGCUUUUUACCAUUUUGUGGAACGCCAAUUCCAUGUAACUGAACUAAUGUUCAAAUCAACUAGCUGUGAAUGUUUUCAUACUCGUUUUGGAUAUCCGUUUGCGUGGGAGUAUGGGAGAUUGCAUUUCAGAUUA